AUGUACCGGGUAAUAGCCUCUAGCUAUCGUUCGAUUUGUCUGACCAUCCUUCAGUGUGACGGCUCACGUCCCCGGUGUACGAUGUGCAUUGAGAUGGGUCUAGAGUGCUUCUAUCAGCAGCCGGCAGGGGCAUCGGGGAAACAAUACUCGACAGAGCUUGAGGGAAGGCUGCACUCUAUCGAAGAGACUCUGCGUCUACUGGUGGGGAGACAAGAAACAGCUGCCCCCCCUUCAUUAAACUCCAGGAGUGUGCUGGAUCCAGAAGAUGCCGAAGAGUCAAGUAGAGAUGACUCUCAAGCUCAAAUCCAGUUUGAAGACACAGUUGACGGAAUGGGGGCCAUUACUUUUGCAGAUGAACAGGAAUCCGGCUUCUUUGGUAACGCUGCCUGCUCGGUUGCCAAUGGCGUCACAAGUGCUAAUGCCGUUUCUGAUACAGGGCCGUCUUCCAAUAUUGCUUUCAUUGGACAGAUCACACACGCUAUGGCUACCGCAGCAAAUACAGACCCGGCCCGACCUCUCCCAGUUGAUGCAAGGAUGGAGGGUGCCAUGAUGAGCAUCUCUCGACCAGCAUCACCGAUUGCCGGAGCACAAAGUUUGGACCACAGUCUUUCAGCGGCGGUUGAUGUGUAUAGUCUUCCACCUGAGGCAGACAUGCUGCAUCUUAUCCGACUAUUCUUUGCCGACACAGGAAUGCUAUUCCCAUACGUGCAUGAGGGCUCUCUACUCCAAGAGUUUGCUGCGGCAAAACAGAACAAUUUCACAUCAGUCAGACGCUCAUGGCUAUGUUUAUUGAAUAUGGUCCUAGCGUUUGCCACUUGUGUCAGCGCCCGCCCUGAUUUGCCUGUCGAACGAAACGCGGCAGAGUCAGACGUCUUCUUCAAGCGAGCCCAAGCUUUGUCUGGGAAGAUGGCAUUCAGAACUGCCAAUGUUGAGAUUGUUCAAUACCUAUUAUUAAUGACGCAAUUUCUUCAGGGAACACAGCGUUCUGCCCAGACAUGGAACCUCCAUGGCCUCACUGUUAAGGCGGCUCUGCAGCUAGGGCUCCAUACUUCUAGUUCGUACACCAAAUUUACACCACUGGAGAAGGAGAUAAGGAAACGCACCUGGUAUGGCUGCGUAAUGGCACUUCCUUUGGAUGUGGACUUUGAUGUGGUCAAUACCGUCACCGGCCCGCCUCUUGAGAUGCUAGGCAGUCCAUCAACAGUAUCAUUUUACAUCUUUACGAUAAAGCUUUAUUCAAUUCUGGGCGAUGUAAUUGCAGACCAAUAUGGCCUAAAUCUCGGUUGUGCUCCACAGCCUUCAAUCUCCCUUAUGCUUGAGAGCGUAAUCAGAUUGGAGAGUAAGCUACUGCAAUGGAGACGCGAUCUGCCGCUGCAGCUCAAGGCUAGACCGUGGGAUUCAUCUUUCAUCGAUUCAAACCAAAACAUAGUUUUUGAUCGCCUCUCAAUCAUUCUUUCAUUACGCUAUCUUAACACUCGGGUAUUGCUCCACAGACAAGUCCUAGCAAGGUUCUUGGAGCAAAUCAACAAUGGUGAUAGGAACUCCGAAGAAGGCAUAUUCUUGCGACAAUUUGGACAUGGAAGCUUUCAAGUCUGCUUGGAAUCUGCUUCCGAGAUUAUUUCCAUCGUUCACAAGAUGGGAAAGAAACCCUCUCUUCUCGGAGCGUGGUGGUUUUCUACCUAUUACACCUUUAAUGCUGCUCUUGCGAUAUUUGCUGGCCUUCUCAUUCAGGCAAAUGGGAUAGCCGGCCCUAUGAUGGCCGGAUUGGAGACAGACGACCUCAGAACUAGUCUAUACCUAGCCGUAGAGGCGCUGCAAAAUCUUGGUGGCGGCGCACGAUUAGUACAAAGAUGCCGCAAAUAUCUCGAAACACUUGUACGAGUCGCUGCAACAACAAAAGGUGAGUUUUGA